AUGAUCAGUGCUGCAAGAAGGAUUAUGGGGAUCAAUGAAUCCGAUACGGGGAGCAUCGGUGUUGCUGAAUCUGCUACUUCUACUGGAAAUGCCAAUGUUGUUGAUACUACUGGGGGUUCUGAUAGUGCUAGUGGUGUUGUUGAUGCAAUUGUUGCGGUUGAUGGGAUUAUGACUUCCCUUUGCCAAACAUACAUGGAGUUUCUUAACCGCGUGUACUGUGAAGAGAUAGCCUCCAGAGCUACCGGAGCGUGGGAUGCGCCUCAUCCCUGGCUAAAUCUGUUCGUACACGAGUCCAAAAUUGUAGAGUUUAAUGACAAGGUGCUUAAAGAGGUCCUUGCAUAUGGCAUUGGAGGGCCUCUCCUUGUAUACCCACUUCUCAAAAACAAAUGGGAUUCACAGAUGUCGACUGUGGUACCCGAUGAGGACGUGUUCUAUCUGGUGGGUCUUCUACGCUCUAGUCGACAUGGGGGUCCUUUCGUAGAGAGUCUCUUGGAAGAGAAUGACCACAUCCUCAGAACAUGUGAAACGAGCGGCAUGGAAAUCAAGCAAUAUCUUCCUCAUUAUAAGACGAAUGGAGAGUGGAGGAAGCAUUUUGGUAAUACAUGUUGGGAUCAAUUUAAGAGGAGGAAGGAGCAAUUUUCUAGAUCGUAA